CGACUGGUUCGCCCACAAGGGAAGGAGUGCAACCACGUGCAACUGUGGAUGAACCUGUGCCCGCCAACCGACUUGACGAGUUGGGAAGAACGGUCGUGUCUAUUCAAGAGUUCGUUGAAAUGGAGCGGGCACGUAGGAUGGAAUGGGAGCAACGAGCACACGAACAGGAGAAAGCUAGGCGUGCCGAAGUAAAGGCUUUAGCCGCUGAAGCCGAACGAGCAGCGCGCGAAGCUGAGAAGCAGCGUAAGCGUGAGGAGGAGCAAUUGAAGAUGGCGAAGGUUGUGGAAGUGCAACUCUCCCUAAGAUUGGGUGAUAUCCAGGAGGAGAUCAAGACGGAGGUCCGUAAGGCUGUGGCUGGUACUUUGGUCAAGAGUCAAACCAAGACUUUCCUUAACACCGCAGGUAAAAGCAAGGAGGUUGUGGUGGAGGAUGUGCCUUCCUCGUCCGGUGCAGCCAGCGAUGUCGAGGCGAUUACGAAAGGAACCGGCAGCUUGUCGAUCCAAGAGAAACGCAAGCGUGGUGAUGUUGAGACACCUGUGGGGGACAGCCCUCCUGUUACCACUCCGGCGAAGCGCUCGAGCAAGCGGGUGGGCAUUCGACCGGUCCGUUUUUCAGAUAGAUUCCAACGCGCGAGAUCUCGAAUUGCGGCCAAGAAAGGGAACCGGGGAGUUGCCACGAAGGCCCUUACGACUGUUAACCUCCAGCUCAUGAUUUGUGCAGGGAUGUCGUACCCAUGGGUACGAGGCCACGUGCGUGCUCGGUUACGUGAGCUGGAGAACGUACCUCCCUUGUUGAUGAACGGGAACAAUGUUCUGAAAGCACGUCGCUCGGACAGAGUGACAAAACUGGGUGAGGAAAUCGAGGUCGCUUUUGCUAAUUGGAUUAAUGUGAAAGGACAAACGGUGCACUGCUUGAGUACGGAAUUGAUCGGUUGUCUGACAAGAGAUGUUGACGACAAGUCGAGUUUUUUGGACAAGCGGGACGUUUUUGAAUGGAAGAACCGUUUGGAAGGCUUGGUUCUUCCCCCGCUGGACCGCAACCCAGGGGAAACCCUGGUCAUAUGCCCCUCCUUGUACGAUGAGGGUAUGAUGGACCUGUUUAUUCGAAGUGUCGGAUACUUACCUGUCGUCAAAGAGACUGUUGCAGUGGUUGACGAGAUGAAAGCUGAUUUGAAAGCUGGAGUUGUUAUUGUUGCAAUCAUAAUGAUGGGGCGGCCAUCGUUUGGUCAAGCCCGUCGGGCGCAUCACACUCAGUCCAUCAGGCUCCAACUCACCAUUCUUUGUGCAUUGCUUUUUCUGAGCGUUGGAACUUUCUACAUAUUGCUUGAUUCAAGUUUUGAUCAAAGAUCGUUGUCCCAUGAAGGAGCAUAUGCACGUGAGAAGUCUGACAAGCACGAAGCAGAACUGCCAGGUGUACUUUUAUGGGCCAUCCAGAUGGCUAACAGUAGCAGAGCAGCAGGUGAAGUACGGCUCGUCUUCUCGUCCGAGGAGAAACGUGACCUUCAGGCAAGCGAUAAGAACUUGCUGAUUGUUGAAGACGAAGGCAAAGGUGCAAAUAAUGCAAUUAAUGUGGGAAAAAAACAGCUAAGAGCAGACGGCAAGGAGAAAAAGAGCAAAAAGAAGGAAGAAUCCCAUGAAAACGAUAGAUGGUCUGCAGAAGAUGUGCAAGAGUAAAGGGGGAGAUGUUCAUUUGUAUAUUUCGUCUGUUCUCUUAAUCAAAACAAUACUCUAUA